AUGUCAACGUCCCUGCACGGCACAAUCCACUGGCUCGAGAUACCUGUCAUAGACGCCGCUCGAGCCGCGGCCUUCUACACCUCGAUCUUCGGUUGGGAAUGCACGACAUUCAACCCCUCGUCCGCGUCCACCCCUACCAACGGCAACAGUUCCGCAGGUUCAAUCCACAUGUUUCGCCGGGGCACCAAUCUCAACGGCGCAUUCAUACAGGUUCCUCAGGGUUGCCUGGUCCAGGCAUGGGGCUCCGAGGCCCCUGGCGGGAGAGUCAAUAUGGCGGUUCUGACGACCUUUGCGGUCGAUAGCAUCGAGGGGACAAUGAGGCUGGUUGAGGACAUGGGCGGGAGGAUGCACUUGUGA